UAUCGGAUAAUGACGCUAAUCCUAAUCUACCCGUCGGCGAGAGCUCCCGCUAUAAAACCCGAGCACCUCCUCCCCCCUUCCUCUCCACCGCAUCACAUCGCAAUCGCCUGAGCACCUCGGCUACUUGGCUCUCUCGCGCGCGAGUUCGUGCAGCAGAAGAGCGAUCUCUCUCGUCGUCGUAGCAAGCUAAGCCGAUCCCAAGCCCAAGCCCAAUGGCGCCCCUAGGAGACGGCGGAGCUGUGCCGGCGGCGGCCAACAACCUGGUGGUGUCGUUCGGCGAGAUGCUGAUCGACUUCGUCCCGGACGUGGCGGGUCUGUCGCUAGCCGAGUCCGGCGGAUUCGUCAAGGCACCCGGCGGCGCCCCCGCCAACGUCGCCUGCGCCAUCGCCAAGCUCGGCGGAUCCUCCGCCUUCCUCGGCAAGUUCGGCGACGACGAGUUCGGGCACAUGCUGGUGAACAUCCUGAAGCAAAACAACGUCAACUCCGAAGGCUGCCUCUUCGACCAGCACGCGCGCACAGCGCUCGCUUUCGUCACCCUGAAGCACAACGGGGAGCGCGAGUUCAUGUUCUACCGGAACCCGAGCGCGGACAUGCUGCUCACCGAGGCCGAGCUGAACCUGGACCUGAUCCGGCGCGCCAAGAUCUUCCACUACGGCUCCAUCUCGCUCAUCGCCGACCCCGUCCGGUCGGCGCACCUUGCCGCCAUGCGCGCCGCCAAGGCUGCCGGCAUCCUCUGCUCCUACGACCCUAACGUUCGUCUCCCGCUCUGGCCGUCCCCGGAUGCUGCCCGUGAGGGGAUCCUGAGUAUUUGGAAGGAGGCGGAUUUCAUUAAGGUCAGUGAUGAUGAGGUGGCGUUUUUGACCAAGGGGGAUGCGAAUGAUGAGAAGAAUGUGCUGUCGCUUUGGUUUGAGGGGUUGAAGCUCCUCAUUGUUACCGAUGGAGAUAAGGGCUGCAGAUACUUCACCAAGGACUUCAAGGGCAGCGUGCCUGGCUUCAAGGUCGACACCAUCGACACCACCGGUGCUGGUGAUGCCUUCGUUGGAUCCCUGCUCGUCAACGUCGCCAAGGACGACUCCAUCUUCCACAACGAGGAGAAGCUCCGUGAGGCGCUCAAGUUCUCCAACGCCUGCGGCGCCAUCUGCACCACCAAGAAGGGUGCCAUCCCGGCGCUGCCCACGGUCGCCACCGCCCAGGAGCUCAUCGCCAAGGCCACCUAGACGCUCACGCACGCCGCCACUCCACUUCGCCUUCGCCAUCACCCCUCGACGUCCUCAAUUUGAAUUCAUUAGGGAGAUUGUUGUUAGCGUCCGUCUCUGCUCUAAGCUGAGACGGGUUUGUUGGGUUAAUUAAUUUAGCUUUUUCUGGUUUUGUGGUGUGAGUGUGAGAGAGAAGAACAUGGUUUUCGCCCCGGGGCAUUAAUAAAAAUGUUGGCAUGCGUGGUGGAUAAUUUUUUUAGCUUCAAAUUUCCAUUGUGUCGUGUGAGGAAGGCUGCUGUAAUCUGAUGCCUUCGAUGCAAACUUUUCAGAGUUUUCAA